GCCAGGUACACGAGUGGUAUAAGCAACCUCCAGUCUGUGUCAGUGUCGAGGUGGUCGCGUCGGUGGACAGUGUGUAGGAGCCCACAGUGUGUGACUGGACAACGCUCUGGCAUCGGGACGCCGACCAGAAGCAGUUGACAGGGUGUUCGCCGUAAUGCGUUCUUCUCCGCUGCCUCCCAGCUGAGCAAGGAAGUGCCGGAAGAAGACCGACAGUGUUACGUCAGUGCCAGCGAUGGCUCGGGCCACGAGUAUCUUGCAGGUGGCCGUGCUAUUGGCGACUUUAGUGGCAGGAAGCCAGUGUGUGGUGUCGACAGCUCCAGGAGCGACGCAGUCUGACACAGCAACGACCACUGCUCCAGCUGCCCCAGUCGCUGAAGACAGAUCCGGCGCUGCCGGAACGCAGACACCCUCAAAUGGUGCGGACAGACGCGAGCUGACGCUGGGGCUGUCUGGCAGCUGCUGCGGCUCUGGCCCGCAGCUCAGCAACUCCUACGGUCCGCCGCCCCCGUCUGGGCCUCCUUUGCCUCGUCCAGUGUAUGGGCCUCCGCCCCCAGGACAGCAACAGCAGCCAGCCAUCAUAUACGCGCCACCUCCACCAGAGCCGCCACCACCACCGCCACCGUCGGGCUCUUACGGACCACCACCUUUUAAGCUACCACAAGGCGGCCCACCUAGAGGUCACCACCACAAACAAUUCUUUCCGCGACCACAUUACGGUCCACCACACCCGCCACGUCCUAGGCCAGUGUAUGGGCCACCGAAGUCACCUAGACCAGUAUAUGGGCCUCCACCACCAACCAAACAGUAUGGACCACCACCAUUCGGUCUGAGGCCACCUGCUCCACCCCUUGGACCACUAAAGCUCACCUACGGGACUCCAUCGAAACCACCAAGUUUCUUGUCUAGCUCCCCUCCUAAACCGGUCUAUGGAGUCCCUACACCAACCUAUGGUGUUCCACAAAUUUCUAUGUCUCCCCCUCCAGCACCUAGCAGCACAUACGGAGCUCCAUUCCAUCAUUCUGGAGGCGGUGGGGCACCUCCUACACCACCAGUGAUCAAGUACGAUGGCUGGCAGCCAAUGCUGGGCGUUUCACACAAACCGAGUGACACUUAUGGUCCACCAACAGGUGGAAUUUCUCCGCCGCCGCCACCUACACCCAGUGUAGCCUAUGGAACUCCACUGUCAAGCGGAACUGGCUUUAGCUUCAGCGGAAACUCGGGAGUAUCAGGAAAUGGUGCCAGUCUUCUCCUCGCAGAGCUGUAUGGAAUUCCUCCGAGUGGGGGAGGUACUGGUUCGGGUGGAGGUUUAUUUGGCGGUGGGUCCUUUGGCAGCUCUUUAAGUACCACAUACGGUGUUCCUAGUCUCAAUCUUGGCGCUCCACCACCACAAGCACCACCAAGUAGUGACUAUGGAACUCCACUGCCACCAGCUACAGUCACUGUUAUAACAUCUUCUACUGAUGGUGGGUAUGGUGGCUCUCCUCCUCCACCACCACCUCCAUCACUGCCCAGCCCUGACUAUGGCCCACCACCAAGUGGUGGAGAUGUUCAGUUGCCAUCACUGCCAAACGGUAAUGACAUUGUGCAGGCAGGUCCUAUACCUACAGCUCCUAGUAACGAAUAUGGAGCACCACUACCUCCUGCCGGUUUGACUGCUCCAGCUCUAAAUAUAGAUCAAGGCAUCAGUGAUGCAGUGGGUGCUACAAUUGAAUCAGGACAUAGUGAUGCAGGGGCAACACAUACUUUACAGCCUGACACUGCUCAACUUGGUGUGCCACUGAGUAAUGGACAUGACGAAAUACACUCUCCAUCACCUGCUGUUUCUGUUACAAUCACCAAGAGUCAGAGCAUUGAGCUGAAACCGCUAGGGAAGAAAGUCACUCCAAAGGAACCUGUUAAAUUUAGAGAACCUGUGCCCCCUGGACUGCUGUCUUCAAUUGCGGAGACAGUGAGACUGAAGGAAACAUUCGGCACUGAUGUACAUGGCAAUAAAGGACCAACAUACUUGCCACCACCUAUCCCAGAUCCUGCAGAGACCAAUCAGAACGAUCCUUCAAGACCACCAGUCGUUUACGGCUCUCCAGAACCGGCACCGUUUCGACCUCCUCCUCCAGCAGAUGACUCAGCUUCUUCGAACACUUUCCUUGUUCCACCUCCCAACGUUUACCGCCCUCCACUGGCAGCCACGAGCUAUUCCAGCAUUACUUCCGGAGAUUUUGGCUUUGGGAGCUCCUCUCUCACUGCUGGUUAUGGGGUACCACCUCCACAGCCUUUGUAUCCUCCAUCAACAGUAUAUGGGGUCCCCAACUUUGGAGGUGGCAGUGUCUCAUUUUCUGCUGGUAAUCUCGACAAUUCGGGAGCUUUGAGUCACACAGUGUCUAACGUCUAUGGUGCUCCUAAUGGUGGCGGCCACAGCUGCACUGACACAGGCUUCAUCCCUUCGAGUGGGUUUGGUACAUCAGUGGCAGGUGAUUCAUCUGGACAAGGCGAGAUAAUUCAUGGUACCGUGCCCAGUGGUGAAUAUGGUCCGCCGCCACCGACUAUAUCUUCAAAUUACGGUGCCCCCUCAGCUCCAUCUUCCAAUUAUGGGCCCCCACUAUCUCAAUUUAGCCAAAGCUAUGUUUCCUCUUCAGGUCCCUCCGCGCCAUCCACAUUGUAUGGUGCUCCUUCAGCACAAGUAGUGUCUGUUAGUUACGGCAGUCCGGAUCCUAGGGGUGUUUCUGGGAUCCUGUCAGCCCAGUCUUCUGGAGGAAAUGAUGUGUCUGCCGAGACACUGCCAGUGUCAGCCACUGGAGGCGACAAUGGUGGCGCCCUGUCUUUACCAGAAGCCCAAGCACUUACUGCAUUAGGGACAUCGGCCAGCAACUCGCAAGAUUUCACAGUUCAGGGUGCACACGGAAGCUACAAACUGCAUAUUCAAGCAGCCCCUGGCGUGGGUGAAGACGGCUCCAACGCAAACAUACCCCACGCGGCGGUACUCUCAAACGGCCUACUACAGGAUAUCCUGAACGCCAUCGAGCAACAGCAGCCGUCAUCCUCCUAUGGGUCUGAUCUGCAGCAGGAAUCGUCAGCCAGGGUAGACGUAUCAGCGAGACCCGAGCCAAAUUCCGUGCCCACCGCAUCUCCAUCCACGAAGGACGGGAACUACACUAAACACACGAGAAAUUCUACGGCAACAACGAACUCCACGGCGUCUUCUGCGAGAUCACCUGUUCCUAGUGACAUUCAGUCAGCAUUCCCAUUCUCUGUGGCUGAGCACGGCAUAGCGUUGUUUUUCAAUCGUACUGGGAAAGCUCUGAACGACGUAACACCAGAGCGGAGCAACAACACAUCAACGCAGCUACCUGAACACGAUGUGAAACUGCCGGACGAUGUAGGGACGUACGUAUCAUUCAGUGGUCCUCACGCCAAUUACAAAUAUGGCGACACGUCUGGUUCCCAGGAAGAUACGUCGCGCGCAGACACCAGAAGUGCUCAGUCAUCGCAGGAGUCUCGGACAAGUUCUUCACCGGUAGAGAAGAAAGAAUAACUCUGCGACACGAGGCAUGCAGAACCAUUGAAGCUGACGCUGUUAUUGCCCUUCGACAAAAUUUCUGUGGACAAUGGGCGUUAAUUCGUCUAUGCCGUUCAAAAGUCAUCCGCAUAAUGUAUUUAUUCCACAGAAUUUCAGCUGUAGCAAUGCGAAUGUAGCGCCUGAGUUGUUAUUUAGUACGGUAAGCAUAAUUUAUUAAUUUUGUACUUGCGACAUUAAAGUUGCGGUCGGAGAGUGCGCUUGUUCGUUUUAAAACAGUGUGAAUGUCACGACUUUCUUUCCUUGAGUCCCAUU